ACAGCAUUUCAUUAAGCACCUUGAUUGCUGAUAGAGUCUUUCGCAACUCUAUUUACCUUGUGCCUUUUGACGUUUAACCCCGUUGGCAGCGGUAAACAAUAAACAAUUGCUUUCCGCACUCAUUUCUUUUGCGCCCGGCAUUUCUUUUCGUUUUUUUACAACAAAAGCUCACAAGAGAACCGCACAUUUUACUCGCACCGUUCCACGCAAUGGGGGUGACCGUUUUGCAACCCUACCCGGUGGAAAACAAAUCUGGUGCGCAAACGAUCGAGUUUCUGGUGAAGCGCGUCGUCGCUCUAGGUGCCGUACCGGCGGGACAGUUUCUGGUGGACUGUGAAACCUACAGCUCCAACCCUCAGCUAGGACCACCGAAAACGGUACACAUACUGCACAAUUCCGAGCAGCCCGCUUCCGUGUUUUCGAUACUGGACACCGGCACCAAGCAGAUACCGCUCGUGACGGACGGUUUGUUCGAUCUGCUGAUGACGCGCAUCGCACCGGCCUACACUUCCAAGAAGCAGACGAAAAUCGAAUCGAAAGGACAACGGUUUGAGUUUGGCGAUUUUCUGAUCAAGCUGGGCAGCGUGACGAUGAGCCAAAACUUCAAGGGAGUGCUGGUGGAGGUGGAAUAUCGGCCCUGCCUCGUGCCGGGCAGUUGCUGGGAGCUGAUGCGCGAGUUUCUGCAAGGUUUCCUCGGCUCGAACGUGUCCAACUCGAUGCCCGCCUACUUUACGCAGCGUUCCAGCGUCAAUCCAAACCAUUCCAAGGCGAACGACAUCUAUCAGCCAAUCGAUACGAUUAAUCAGUACUUGGAGCAUUUUACGAACUAUCGGAAGCAGACCAUGGCACCGGUCGGCGCACGGCCGUAAACCCCUAUCAAAUCAUUUGUAAUUAAGCUUAAGAAUAUACAAGUAUAUUUAAUUUCUAGUAUCAUUAA